CAUCAUCCCCUCGCAGAUCUCCGGGUGUCAUCGUCUUGUUCCACUUCAUUCGCUUGAACAUACUAUCCUCUUAUACUCUUUAAUCCUUUUAAUCCUUAAUAUCAUCCAACAUGCGUUUCGACACCCCCAUCAGCCAGGUGGCUCUUGUCUCCCUCUUUGCAGGUGCAGCAAUCGCCGCUCCUCACAACGUCAAGGCCGCAGAAGCCGAUAUCGUCGAGCGUGACGCUGCCAGCCCUGCUGUUUUGAUUGCUUCUACCACUCGUGUUGGUGGAGCCGUCAUCAUUCUGCCUGAGUUCUUGGCCAAGACAUCUCUUUCCUCGUCUUCUUCUAGCAAGACCAGUGCAAAGACAACCUCUUCCACCAAGAAGAGUUCAUCUACAAGCAAGAGCUCAUCCAAAUCGCCCUCUUCUUCUUCUGUCAAGAAGACCUCUUCGGCAAGCUCUGCUAAGAAGACCUCGUCAUCAUCGGCAAAGGUUACUUCUUCCUCAAAGUCAAGCAGCAGCAGCAGCAGUGUCAAGAAGUCUAGCAGCUCCUCAAAGGCUGUUUCCUCCUCGGCAAAGUCCUCCAGCUCAGUCAAGAAGACAUCCUCAUCUUUGUCAUCAUCAAAGGCUAGCUCUUCUUCUUCCAAGGCUGUUCCUGCUACCACUCAGAUUCCUGCAAAGGUUUCUAGCGUUCAGUCCAAGGUUUCUAGCAUUCAAUCCAAGGUCUCGAGCGUUGAGUCUAAGGUUUCGUCCAAGCUUGCAUCUCAGAUCUCUGCAGUUGCUUCUCAGAUCAGUGCUCAUAAGUCAUCCUCUUCGUCCAAGACCACGUCCAGUGUGCCCUCGACGUCUUCCGCUCCUCACGCCCCUUCAUCAUCUUCAUCUGUCUCCCACAGUGCUUCAUCCAGCUCUUCGGCCAGCUCUUCAGCCGUCUCAUCAUCAUUGAGCUCCUCCAUGGUCUCAUCUUCGUCGAGCUCCUCCAUGGUCUCGUCCUCUUCGAGCUCUUCUAGUGCCUCGACUCAAUCUGCUCUGAGCUCUUCUUCGAGCAUUGAGAGCUCGUCAGCUUCGUCUUCCGCUGUCUCCUCAAGCUCGUCUGCAAUUUCCAGCAGUUCUUCCUAUGUUCCUACCACUAGCUCUGCAGCAGUUUCCUCAUCCAGCUCAGCCGAGCCUUCAUCAUCGUCAAGCUUCACUGAAGCUUCGUCAUCAAGCUCGUCGAUCGAGUCUUCCUCCAGCUCUUCAGCAUCAUCUUCUUCCUCCAGCACAUCUUCCGAGGCAUCCACCUCAUCGACUGAGGCAUCCUCAACCUCCUCCUCCUCCAUCGCUCCUUCCACCACCUCCUCAUCUUCCUCCGUCACCCCUACCGCCACUCCCUCCUUCGCCACCUCCAACGGCACAUUCCCUAUCAACGACAAACACGCCUCCAUCAUCAUCUCGUCCAUCGAAUCCCGCUUCUCCACCGCUCUGGCAGCGCAAACCAUUUCCAUGCCCAACAUCACUUCCUUCGCCACACCUACUGGAUUCGACACCGUUCUGCAAUCUAGCGCCAGCAGCGCUUUUGCUUCCGGAGUCCAAAGUGCUAUUUCCAGCUGGAUUGUUUCCGAGUUGUCGGUAACCAUUUCGUUGGCCAGUGAGACUGCUUCUGCAACUGCUGAGGCUAGUGCCAGUGCUUAGAAGUGGGAAUGGGGUAGUUUUUUCUUUUGUCCAAUGAAAGUGUAAUGUUGUCGAUGAAGUUUUCAUGGUCUUGAUGAUCGUGAUGGUGGUGGCUUUUUUCU